AACCUACACAGCUAGCACAGGUUGGUUCGGUAGAGGUCACACUUCAGGCUGUUACACUGGCGUCCGCCCCCGGGCGGUAGAGUGGUUCUACCAGCUGUUAGAUUACUAUCGCUAGCUGCUGUGCACAUCGCCAUUGUUGCAGGAUAUAUACCGACAAUAUGACUUUAUUUAUGUUGCCGGAUGUGGCCCAGGGUUCGUAGACGGUUCGACUUACGUGGCCGUUGCUUCUAGGAAGUCCUGGGGUACGCUGAGACGUUUUAUAUUCAGGGGUCCGACGUACAACUCAAACAUGACCUGAGAAGUACUUAGUAAUUGGAGCGUGAAGUGAAAGUUUGUAAAGCACCACAGGACGAAAUCCCCGGGAGUGUUUGGAGCUGAAACAACGACGUGUUUUCUAAAAAGAGGUGAGAAUUGUGAUCUACGUGACCAAGAAACGAGCCGUGUGCAUGUCUUACCCUCAGACUCUUCACAGUUUACAACUAUCAUAUUUCGUAAAAGUCAACAGUCUGACGACGCAGACUGAGUCGAUGCCGACUGUAGUAUAAACAAAGCGCAGGUGAGGGUCUUAAGAACAGGAAGGAAGAGACUUAAAGACGGGAACUACAAAAGAAGCACCGCUGACCCAAGACUCUUGCCAAGACUGACUGCUAUGCCUGAAACCCGACGUGAUAUUUCGCUCUAUACGAGGAAGUUUCUCACGCUAAUCUGUCUGGUGUAAAACUGCAUACACUGUGUAGUUGACACGUCAUGGUUUGCGGGGGUUACAGUACUACGGCAUGUUGCCUCUGAAUAGCCCCAGGCGGUGACUGAACGCUUGUGUGUUUGCUAAGAUUAAGUGGAACAUUUAAAAACGACGAAAGACGAACAGUAAACCUGGGCCAUGCCGGGGUAUAUGUCUGCUUGGAUGCGGGACACAGCCAGGACCCUGUUCCGUACGCGUAGGCUCGAUACGAUUCCCGGUAGCGAUUCCCCGUUCAGUUCCGACUCAUCGGGAGCAGACGGCGCGCCUGUCGGGCCCAAGGCCACCCGGGUCCCGAGCCUGCUGCGGGCAGGCCUCGGUGGAGAGUUGGGGCUCGGCUUGGUGGUACUGACGGGAUAUUUUGCCGUACAGGGGGUGGGCGGACCUGUUCUUCUGUUGUCUCUGGCAGGAGUCUGCGUUACAAGUCUCUUAACAGGUCUAGUUCACACGGAGCUUCGCGCACGCGCACUACGUGUCCUCCCGGACAGUUCGGAACUGCCGGACACCUACAGCUGUUGCUACGCAACCAUCGGCGAGGUCGUCGCUUACGUCAUCGGCUGGACCAGCCUGCUACAACUACUGACCGGAGCUGCCUGCUGCGCACGCGCACUCAGCCAGACCAUAGACUACCUGUCUGGUCACGUGAUGAGCGACGAACUGAGCAUGCGCGUUGGAGGGAUUCCGCACAUGACGACCUACCCUGACUUUCUCGCCUUCGCUGUCGGCGUUUUGUCGUGUUUGGCGUCGUCCCAACUCAAGCCGGAUGUGCAGGAGUUCUUGAUGAACAUUUCCCACGUCCUGGCCGGCACUCUGCUAGUGUUUGUAUUCUCUAUCGGAUUGUUUUUCACGCAAAGUUCGAACUGGACGCACACGGAAAUGACAACAGACAUUAUACGUGUGGUAGCAUCUGGAGCGGCCAUCUUGUCUCCUGGAUUCUUCGGAUUCGAAGAACUGGCUCGGGCGGGAGUGGAACGGAAAGGGACCAAGAGACAGAACGUUUGGGCAGCCCUGGUUACAACUCCUUUCGCGUUAGUCUCAUCUUUUACCCUAGUCACCGUUGUACAAUCCCAUCUCUCACCCUGGUCUCAGGUGGACCAUUUCGCCCCGCUCCCGAGUGCCUUUGCUGUAGCGGGAGCCAAGUUUGCUACAUACAUUGUAGCAAUCUGGCAGGUGGCAAUGUUGUCGGUCGCUUUGAUAUUUGUCACGUGGCGAAUCCCACAACUCGCAGAGAACAUGGCAAACGACGGUCUGGUGACUUAUUGUCUGCGGAAGCGAGCCGGGACCACGAAACCGGUGGUCGGAAUCGCCCUAGCGGGACUUUUCGUCGGUUUUUUAUCCCUAGGAUUUCGGCAGUCGGACUUGAUACAGCUUUGCGCCAGCACGUGUCUUGUUGUCCAGACGAUCUCCUGCGCAUGCGUCAUCAUCCUGCGUUACCAAGUGAGCGGGACUAGUGUAGAGGACGAUGGCAGCGCGCUGUCACGUGACGCGGACAAGAAUGACGUCGUUCGCACACGUCACCGCGACUCGGAAAGGUCAGCAGGGAUUCUAGAGGUCGAACAGAUGACGUCACAUGCAGAACAACAGGUGACGUACCACACCGAGGGUGCUACAUCCGGGGCCUUGUCGGACUCUAGCGCAGAAAGCUCCGGGGACGAGAAUGAUGAAGAUGAAGACGAAGAUGAAGUGGAUAUCUAUGCCAUCAUGGAGGCCUACAGACGCCGCGCGAGCAACUUGGCUAGCAAGGGCCCCGCCCAGGCCACGCCCCUGUACAAGCGGAUGCGGAAAUACGUAGUGCCCACGAGGAUGACGGGAUACAUCGCCACCUGUAUGGUGCUGUUGUCCGUUGCCAGCUUAGUUGCCCUGGCAACGGUGUGCGUCAGGUUCCCGGAUCAAGUGUUUUAUCAGGUGUGGGGUAUCCUGGUGCUGAUCGGGCUGACCACCACGGUGCUGGGGGCGGUGGGGGUCCUGCUGUACCUGCCCCAGGGCCGGGGCGGGCUGGUGCUCCGGGCGCCGCUCAUGCCCUGGCUGGCCGUGCUCGCCAUGGUGGGGACCUCCGCCAUGAUGGUGGGGCUGGAGGACAAGACAUGGGUCCUGUACGGAGGGUGGAUAGCUAUAGGGAUCCUGAACUACCUGUUCUACGGUGUCUGCCACUCCACCCAGCGGUUCGCAAGGGGAUACCAGCCACACGAGACCGAGGCCAUUCUACUCCAGCCCAUCUCCACGCAUGCGCUCUUCAACGAGCAGGUCAUCCCCAGUCACGUGGGCAAGCGGCAUAAACACCACAAGUGUCUCACGUUUGCUGUGUGAGGCUUUACAGGAUUUCUAAGAUAUAAGAAUUUACGCCAUUCAGCUUCUCAAGACGGUAGGAAUAGAAGUUAGUUUCGAGAUAGACACUUCAACGUGGAUUUUAAAAUGUGCAAUAUUGUCUGCAACGCGACAUUUACCCAAGUGCAAAAUUACAUGUCCUAAAAGUAGAUCUUUAGCAAGUAAUUUCAAUAAAGCUAUUAUAAGAAAAAAACAUAGCUGUUGUAUAUCAAAGACCUUGUCAUAGAUUACAUUUAUGAUAGCAGAAUUGCUAAAAGAGAUGUUCAAGUAAUAUAGAAAUAAAU